AUGAUGUCGUCAUCAUUCGGACCAGGCCUGACUCGACGAGAUACCAAUAAAUCCACCGGUGGUUACGAGCCGUCUCUCGGGGGAAUCCCUCCGGUGUCGAGCGGCGGAGGGCCGUUCGGGCCUCAGAGUGCCAGUGCGAUCUACCAGCAGAUUCACGACAUGUCAGCGAAGCGGAUAUCAACGUUGAAUUAUUUAAGAAAGGCUCUGGAAGGGCGUGUAUACUGGUUCAAUACCGUCCACUUCUCCCGAACCGACAUUAACCGACUUCCCUACUUUGAACCUCGCAAACUCGCCCGUCGAGCAGUCAACUACCUCCUCCUCGGCAUCUCCCUCCCUCUCAUUCUCGACGUCAACACCAGUCCCCUCGAGUACCUGAAAGCUCUCAAUGCAUUGCUCCUCGAAUUCGAAGCCUUUCAACAAAUCCACCCCCCAGACGGAACAUCCUCCUCGAGUCUCGCCCGAGCACGCAUUCCGCAGAUGUUCAAGCGGGCAGCGCAUGCAGGCACCAAGACCCGCCGGGCGAGUUCGGCAACGGAGAUCGGCUUGCCCAUGCAGACCAGUGAUCCGAGCGAUCUGAAGAGCGCGGCGGCAAAUUCCACAUCGAGUGCGGCGGCCUCGGUCAUCUCGUUUGCCUUGACCGAAUCAUCGGACCUGUUGCCGGGCGAGGAGUACACAUACUUGCUGACGCCGUCGUUGCCAUUUGAGCCGGAUUUCUUCGAGACGUUUGCAACGCUGUGUGAUGUCUUGAUUGAUUGCUACAGUCGCAUCACGGCCCUGGUCCCGUCACCCUCGGUCUGUACGGUGACGGGGGAGGCGUUUUCCAAGGCGGAUGCCAAGUUGCGCAAGAUCAUGGUGGCCGGGGCGGUGCGCGAGUUUGAAGAUGCCAGCCGGAAUGGGGUGAAGAAUGAGUUGGCCGGCGUGAGUCGGGUUGUGCUCGGAGGACUAUUGGGUUGA